ACCCGGCCUUGAGCCAUGGCGCUGCUCACCCACCUCCUGGCCUGCACCUUCGGCAUGGGCUCCUGGAUGGCCAUCAACGGGCUGUGGGUCGAGCUGCCUCUGCUGGUGACGGUGCUGCCGGAGCAGUGGGACCUGCCCGCCUACAUCACCAUCAUCAUCCAGAUGGCCAACGUGGGGCCCCUCUUCGUCACCCUCAUGCACCACUUCCGGCCCGGCAUGCUGAAGGAGGUGGCUGUUAUCUACGUGGUGGUGUCCAUAGGCGUCGUGGCCUGCUUGCUCCUGGCCUUCCUCUGGAAUUACACAUCCCCCAUCGCCGGCAGGCUCCAUAGCACUGCCUUCCUGCUCCUCACCUUCUUCCUGGCCCUGGUAGACUGCACCUCCUCCGUCACCUUCCUGCCCUUCAUGAUGCAGCUGCAGCCCCAGUACCUGACCACCUUUUUCAUAGGUGAAGGGCUCAGCGGGCUGAUCCCCGCUCUCAUCGCCCUGGGCCAGGGCUCCGGCAUCUCCACCUGCGCCAACGUCACCCACGUGCUCAACGUCACCGUCGGCAACGAGAGCGUGGAGACCACCAUCUUCCAGCUGGAGACGCACUACCUCCCGGCCAACUUCUCCACCCUCGUCUUCUUCCUCCUCAUGACUGUCAUGAUGCUGGCCUGCUUGUUGGCCUUCUUCUUCCUCACCAGGCAGCCCAAGGUGUGGGAGCUCUCCCAGCAGCAGCUCUUCCGCAGCACCAUCGUGCUGAGCUCCUUUGAGCAGAUCCCUGACAAGGGAGUUGACUCGCAGCUCAGCGGAGCCUGCCCGUACCCGAAGGAUGCCAAGGGGCCCGGGGACAUCCCGCUGGAGAAGGUCUCCUACACCCUGGCUGAGCUCACCUUCAUCUACCUCCUCAUCUCUUGGGUGAGCGCCCUGACCAACGGGGUCCUGCCCUCCGUGCAGUCCUACUCCUGCCUGCCCUACGGCAACUCUGCCUACCACCUCGUAGCCACGCUCAGCUCCAUGGCCAACCCCCUCGCCUGCGUCGUGGCCAUGGUCCUGCCCGGCAGGUCCCUGGCCCUGCUGGCCACCCUCACCGUGGUGGGGACGGGCUUUGGCGCCUACAACAUGGCCAUCGCGGUGAUGAGUCCUUGCCCGCUGCUCCAGCAGUCCCAGUGGGGCGACGCCAUCAUU